AUGCUGACUCAUGGGAAUGCCCUAAAAGUCCGUAUAUCACUACCCCUGCCUCCAGCUGCUUCCCAGUUACCCCCCUCUUCUGGUUUGCCACGGCCUACUUCACCGCUGCCUGGCAUCACUGCUGGCUUGGCACCUACCGAACCUGCCCCGGUGUGCCCUACUGUCCCCGUGCCACGUCCGACCCCAUCACCACGACACGUGGUGCCUCAUUCUGUCCACCAACCACAAGCCGUGUCUACUCAUGUCUCUGAGUUGUCUCCACCAAGGCUCCCUAUUGGACCCGAGGACACCAUCCCGUUCCCCACAGGUAUGCCGGCAACUGGGGCCCAUCCACUCCAGUUCUCCGCAUCAAUGGACCACCAUGAGGACAUGCACGUGAACUACAUAUCUACGCCAAGAUGGAUGUCCCCUACCAACCUCUCGACGUCCCCCUUGAAGCUGACACUACCGACGAACACGCCAUCACAAUCACACUAA